AUAAUGCAGUACCGUCCAGGACGGUCCAUCCCACAUGCUGAUGCGCUGUCAAGGGCGGUGUCGGGAGGUGUGGUUGGUCACAUUGAUCUCAAGUCUGAUGAACACCGUAUCCUUCUGGCCCAGCGCAGUGAUCCAGAUAUAUUGCUGGUUGUCGUCAGUCUUUUGCAUGGUUUGCCAAAUGUAUCUAGUCAGUCGUCUGUCGUACGACACUAUUUGUCAGUGAAAGAGGCUUUGGAAGUGGACAGCUCUUCGGGGUUGUUAUACAUUCACGCGGACAACCACAGGCGUCUUGUCGUUCCAGCUUCCAUGGUCGAUGAGAUACUCUCAGAGUCCCACGACAGUCGCUGGGCGGGUCAUUUGGGAAUUUCAAAGACUACUGAGAAGCUGAAGUGCCGUUUCUAUUGGCCCCGAAUGACCAUUGACGUAGCCAACUUCGUCAAAUCUUGCUCUCCAUGUUCCAAGAAGAAAAGCCCUUGCCAUCCCCUCAGGGCGGAGUUCGGGAAGAUGCCUCUUCCAGCCCGACCUUGGGAAUGGGUCUCCACAGACAUUACGGGACCCUUUCCGUUGACGGACUCUGGUAACCGAUACAUCCUGGUAGUGGUCUGCGGAUUUUCGAAGUGGGCCGAGGCAUUUCCCAUUCCCAACCAGGAGGCGGAAACGGUUGCUAGGAUCCUGGUUAGGGAGCUCUUCUGCAGGUAUGGGUGUCCACGCGUUAUCCACUCAGACCAGGGUCGCAAUUUCGAGAGCCGAUUGUUUAAGGAAGUCUGUCGACAUCUGGAUAUCGACAAAACACGCACGACGGGUUACCAUCCAUCCGGAAACGGACAGGUGGAACGUUUCAACAAAACCCUGUGCUCCAUGAUGGCUGCUUUCGUUUCAGACAAUCAAAGGGAUUGGGACACGGUGGUCCCAAAAGUUGUUUUUGCUUACAACACGAGCAAGCAUGAGACUACCGGUGUUUCUCCUUUCGAGAUAUUUCAUGGUCGCCCGGCCAGACUCCCUCUCGACGUCACUUGUGGUGGUGGUGACUGUCCGGCAGACAGGAUCUGUUCCCCUCGAGAGUUUGAGGAGGUCCGUCGGAAGGUGGCUGCUGCUAUCGAGGAAGCAGCUGCCAAACGGCGUCAGCGUCAGGUUGUGAACCAGAUGCAGUAUCAGGUGGGUGACCGGGUGUGGCUGCACAGAGCGGUCGGGCGAAAGGGACUUCCCCCAAGCUGCAGAGUCCCUGGUCGGGCCCCUUUGAUAUCAUUGAGGUGCUGUCGCCGCAGAACUAUCGCUUGAGGUUAAAGAACGGUAGGAAGGUGGUAGUACAUCAUGAUCACCUGAAACCGUAUGUAGAACGUGAGGAGUAUGCGCGCAAAGGUAGCCAGGAUGAACAGGAUGAGGAUGAUCAUGGAUCUCAGUCUGAGUCUGUUGAUGCUGGUCAAGUGGUAGAGGAAGACGAUGAUGACUAUGUGCCAUAUCUGUCUCAACAUCGCGCACCCGAUGUGUGUAUCGAUCACAGAGCGGACGUCCUAAGUGGUCUGGAGCAUGCUAACGUAGAAGCACCGUUGCUAUCCUCUAGUACAGUCGCAGAUGCUACGGAUCAGGAAGCUUCUGUUGGUGCCGAGGGGGAUACGAGUGUGCUGCACAGCGCUGAUGGAGGAACUGUGCCCGAUGUAGACUCGAGGGACGGUGCUUGCGUUGUUGUCACGGAUAGUGUGGCUGAUGGUGAUGACAGGCUGACGACAGGAGGUGAUGGGGAUACUGGGACUAACGCUGUCAGACGAAGUAAAAGAAAAAGAUCCGCCCCAAAGCUUUAUGGAGAAUGGCUGUUUAGUUAACUUCAUGUGUUCCUACGCACGAUGUUACAUGGCGGUGUAUGGCGGGGAGGAAUGUGACGAAUGUGUCCUGUGCAUGUUGUGACUGUGUGUUAUCCUUCCCCGGCAGACCUGUAUCUGGGCCGAAUACAUGCUUUGAACUGAACAUUACAAGAUGUAGGCACAAUUUCGUUGCAGGACCUACACAAGAUAGCAUGUCAUUCUUUGAUGAUGCAGAGUGGCUACAAUCACAUAUUGUUAAUUCAUUCAUCACCAGUGAUGACACAGGUCUUUGUGAGAUGGUGAUGUCCAGUGAGUGUGCGUCCUCCGGCGCGGCCGCCGGUGACCCCUCCGAGCGGGAUACCUACUUCGAGCCUCACUCGAUCGACAUCGUAAUGGACAUGGACAUCGGCGGCCACCGGCGGCGCUCCAACACUUCACAGCGGCUCGACAAACUGAAGAAGGAGCGCAAAAACGCGGCACGCAUCAAACACAUCAUCUGGCAGCCCAACGCCGACCCCUUGCCAGAUGCUGACCGGGAUUUUGUGUUCGAGAAGAAGCCCAUCGUUAUUGCUGAGCGGCCAAAGACGUCACUGCUGACAGAGCAGCUCAACUCGCUCGACCUCUCCGACAAUCCGUUCACCGAGUACUCCAAGUUUGACGGCAGAGCGCACGCCGGGGUGCCGACGCGGCGCAUCAACAUCUUUCUGACGAUGGCGCCGCCCGAGGAGCAGGCGUUCCCGAUGUCGGUGACGGUGGUGGCCAGCGCGCGCGUCUCGGAGCUGAUCGGACUCAUCUGCUGGCAGUACACCAGCGAGGACAGAGAGCCGCCGCUACGCCACUCGCCGGAGCUGUACAGCCUCCAUAUCGCUGAGGACGAUGGGGAGGUGGACUGGGACUUUCCGCCGCUCGACGACCGAGAAACGGUGGCCAAGUUCGGCUUCAGCGUGCUGGCCCUGGUCGAGACCGAGCAGACCGAGGUCACUGUGAACGUGGACGGCCGGGACGGUCAGGACCAGGUGACUCUGUCGCUGAAGAAACGCAACGCCACGGUGGCUGAGAUUCUGAACGCGGUGGUGUCGCAGCGGCCUGACCUUGCUCCAGAUAAUGAGGUGGAGCUGGCGCUGGAGCGAGCCGACAACAGCAGCACGGCGGCGUCUCCACUAAGCGCCGACACGCGUCUUUCACAGCUUGCCUGUCAGCACUUCAACCUCAUCAAGACUACGUCCGCCCGAAAACACAAGGACACGGCUGUGGUGGAGGAGCCUAAUUUCAGCGGCCAGAUGUCCGCCAUGGAAGCCACCGUCUAUCAGACCUUCAAGGUCAACAUGCUCUCCAGCCUGGUCAUCAAGGCGCCCAUCCAGCUCGGUAUUUCGGGUGACCGUGUUGAGAUCGACCCGGUCCAGAUGCGCUCCUCCCUGAACGUGUCUAAAUUUCUGAGCAAGCCGCGCGCCGUGACGUAUCAGAUUGACUGCAUCAUGGAGUGUCGCCUACUGGACGUCAAGUACGGAGGGCGUGCGGUGCUGCGCCUGGUGUACAUGCUGCCCUCUGACGGCGGCUACAAGCACCACGACCUGGAGGCCGACCUGGGCACGGCCAAGGAGAUCGUCCGCAAGCUCGAGUACAUCCUCGACUUCCGCUCCAGUAUGAACCGCAAGACAUACCUGCAGCAGAAGGAGAAGCGUACUCUUCUCGGCACGCUGUCCUCGGGAAAGUGAGGACGGGGUGCCGGGGAUGGGAGAAGUGGGGUGCCUGUACCUGCCCGGCGGCCGCCUGGUGAGCGUCCGCGCGGGGUGAAUCACCAAUGCAACUGUCGUGUUUUUUACUGUUCCUAAGUCGUUUACCUAUACUGGAAGCGUUUUAAUUAGUGUCGGUGGCCGGUGUUUUCGGAAUGUCGUGUAAGAAGUAAGAACCACUGGCGGGUUUCGAGCCUGCCUCUCCGCUGGUCGGAGUGUGGCUCGACUUAUUGAAGUGCUGUGACUGUCAUGUGUUCAUGUAAACUGUAUCAUAUAUACAUUGUAAUCUCGA